AAAAAGUGCUGCAAUCACGUCUCCAGUUGUGACAGCAAAAUAUCCUUUCAGUGUACCUGCUUGUCCUGGCACUCCCUUAAUAUCUACUGUGACAAAGUAUAGCAUGGUGGCUGAGUGGGAGCCACCACUCAGAGAUGGAGGCAGCCCCAUCAUUGGCUAUCACAUUGAACGUAAAGAGAAGAACAGUAUUUUGUGGACCAAGCUGAACAAAUUUGUUAUACCUGACAGUCGCUUCAAGGCAAGUGGGCUGGAAGAAGGCAUUGAAUAUGAGUUCAGAGUCUUUGCUGAAAACAUUGCAGGACUGAGCCCAUGCAGUAAUACAUCAGAGUGUUGUGUGGCAAGAGAUCCCUGCGAUUCACCUGGGAAACCUGAAGCAGUUGUGGUGACCAGGGACAGCAUCACGCUUCAGUGGGCAAAACCUAAAUAUGACGGAGGAAGCACCAUCACAGGAUAUGUUGUAGAAAAAAAGGAACUCCCAGAUGGCAGAUGGAUGAAGGUGAACUUUACCAAUGUUACUGACAAUCUUUUCACAGUUUCAGGACUGACAGGAGGGCAAAACUAUGAGUUUAGGGUAACUGCUAAGAACAGUGCGGGUGUUUGGAGUGUACCCUCAGAAAGCAUAACCAUUCUUGCUCAGGAUGUUAUUGAAGCACCCACUGCAUUUAUUGAUCCUACAUUUAAGAGUACUAUUAUCAUCCAAGCUGGAGAAACUUUUGUUAUUGAAGCUGAUUACUUUGGGAAGCCUCUCCCAGAAGUUGCAUGGCUGAAAGAUGGAAAAGAAAUUGAGAAACGGUACACCUAAAAUAGAAGUCAAAAACACAAUCACUCAUACAACUCUCGCUGCCAGAGACUGCACACGUGUGGAUGCAGGACGCUAUGUGUUGAGUCUUAGUAACAGUGGUGGAACUACAACCAUUUCGGUAAAUGUGAAGGUCUUAGAUAGACCUGGUCCUCCUGAUGGGCCACUAAAGGUGAAGGUUAUAAGUGCAGAGAAAUGCAACCUUAACUGGAACCCCCCUUUAAAUGAUGGAGGUGCCAGCAUCACCCAUUACAUCAUUGAAAAAAGGGAAACCAGUCGUGUUACAUGGACAGAGGUUGAACCUCACAUUGAAGAUAUAAGUUACAAAGUGACAAAACUGGUAUGUGGCAAAGAAUACAUCUUCAGAAUUGCUGCUGUAAAUAAAUAUGGGGCUGGGGAUUUUUUAGAAUCUGAGCCUUUUGUUGCACAAAAUCCUUUCAAGCCACCUAGUGCUCCCUCCACUCCUGUAGCCAGUGCAGUGACUGGAGACUCAGUCGUGCUAACAUGGGAAAGGCCUGAGAGCGAUGGAGGCUCUGAGAUUGAUGGCUACAUCCUGGAGAAGCGUGACAAAGAUGGUGUGCGAUGGACCAAAUGCAACAAGAGAAGAUUAAAUGACAUGCGCUUUAGAUGUACUGGGCUUGCAGAGGGACAUUACUAUCAAUUUAGAGUUCUGGCAGAAAAUGCUGCUGGUGUGGGUGCACCCAGUGAGUCUAGUGAGUACAUAAAGGUAUGUGAAGCUACAUACCCACCUGGCCCACCUUCCAACCCAAAAGUAACAGAUUAUUCCAGCAGUACAGUGUCUCUCAUCUGGUCAAAACCAAUUUAUGAUGGUGGAGAUACAAUCAAUGGAUAUACUGUGGAAUUGAAGGAAGCCACAGCAGAUGAAUGGAUUGCAUGCACACCGAGCACAGGAAUAGAGGACACAAAAUACACUGUAAAAAGAUUAAAAGGAAAUACAGAGUACAAUUUUCGUAUAUGUGCAACAAAUUCAACCGGUGUCGGAGAACAUGUGGAUCUACCUGGUUCUGUAGUAACAACUGAAAAAGUAGAAGCACCAGAGAUUGAACUGGACAAUGCUCUGAGAAAAAUUGUAAAUGUUCGAGCCUGCUCCACCUUACGUCUCUUUGUCACCUUAAGAGGACGGCCAGAGCCUGAAGUUAGGUGGACAAAAGAAGAUGGCACUUUAGAUGAACGCGCUCAAAUUGAAGUAACAAACUCCUACACUGUGUUAAUGAUAGAAAAUGUCACAAGAAAUGACAGUGGAAAGUAUGUGUUGACUGCUGAAAAUUGCAGCGGUUCCAAAUCAGCAUUCAUCAAUGUGAGAGUACUGGAUUCUCCCAGUGCUCCAACAAAUUUAGAAGUAAAGGAUGUAAAGAGAGACUCUGUCUCCAUCUCCUGGGAGCCACCUCUUAUUGAUGGAGGAACAAAGAUUUCACACUACAUAGUUGAAAAGAGAGAAGAGGCAAGGAAGGCAUUUACCAGUGUUUGUAGCAACUGUGUAAGAAAUUCCUACAAGAUUGACAAUUUACAUCAGGGAAGCUUUUAUUAUUUUCGAGUGAUUGCAGUUAAUGAGUUUGGCACUGGACAACCAGCAGAGACUGCUGAAGCUGUUAAAGUGUCUGAAGCUCCUCCGCCUCCUGGCAAAAUCACACUGAGUGAUGUUACUUGCAAUAGUGCCAGACUUUCAUGGGAGAAGCCUGAUCAUGAUGGAGGAAGCAAAAUCACCAGCUACACUGUAGAAAUGCAAACCAGAGGAGACAACACAUGGACAAAAUAUUCAGAGAGUAAAGCACUAGAGGUGACCAUUGAUGGGAUGACAGCAGGAAAGGAGUAUUUCUUUAGAGUGAGUGCUGUGAAUGAUAAAGGAACGAGUGAACCAAAAUCCCUGUUGACACCUGUUGUAGUAAAAGAUAAUAGUGCUAAACCUGUUAUCAAUCUGUUAAACAACACAUUUAAUGUAAAAGUAGGGAAUGAUCUAAAGAUUGAUGUACCUUUCAAAGGUAUGCCACUGCCAACAGUAGUCUGGAAUAAAGAGGGAAAUAUGUUGAAGGAGACAAGCAGAGUAACUGUACAAACCUCUGAAUCUGCAUCUCAAGUAUUUAUCAAGGAUGCAACGAGAUUUGAUGCCUGGAGUGUAUGAGGUAAUUCUGAGCAAUGCUGCUGGAACAACAUCAGCUGAAAUCUUUGUGAACAUUUUUGAAAGGCCUGGACCACCAAGUGAUCUCAGUGUGGAAGAAGUUAGUGCCGACUUUGUAUCGCUGACAUGGCAACCCCCUCUUUACACCGGUGGGAGUGAAAUAAGUAAUUACAUUGUUGAGAAAAGAGACAUAGGCAGUUCAGUAUGGCAGAGUGUGUCAGCUACAGUUGCAAGAUCAUCAAUCAAAGUUUCCCGUCUGACUCAAGGAACUGAAUAUCAAUUUCGAGUUGCUGCAGAGAAUCGCUACGGAAAAAGCCAAUAUCUUGAAACAGAAACUAGUCAUUGCCCAGUAUCCCUUCAGACCACCUGGUCCACCAACUAACAUUCAUGUUGUCCAGGCCUUCAAAGUCUGUAAUGAUCAUUGCUUGGGGAAAACCAGACAGUGAUGGUGGCAGCCCUAUCAUUGGUUAUCAUGUUGAAAGCAAAGAUCAAAGCAGUAUUCCUAUGGACAAAAGUAAACAGAAGCCCAGUGAUUGAGAACCAAUACAAGGUGACAAAUGUUGAAGAAGGUCUGAUAUAUGAGUUUCGUAUCUGUGCUGAAAAUUUAGCCGGUGUUGGACCCUGCGGUAAGCCAUCUGAACCUGUCGCAGCAAGAGACCAGUGUGAUGCACCUUCAAAUCUCAAAGUUACCAAUGUAACCAACACUUCAGUUUCACUCUCCUGGGAUAAACCACACUAUGAUGGAGGAGCCAAAAUAACAAGCUACAUUGUAGAGCGCAUAGAACUGCCAGAUAGCUGCUGGUUGAAGUGCAACUUUACAAAUUUAAUGGACACUUUUUUUGAAGUAAUCUGAGCUCUCCGAGGGUGAACAAUAUGAAUUUCGUGUUACUGCAAAGAAUGCGGCAGAGUGCUUUAGUGCACCCUCUGAAACCACUGGACCCAUUACGGUGCAACAUGAUAUAGAGCCGCCCAUUAUUAUCUUGGAUGAAAAAUUUAGGCAGGUGGUGGUAGUCAAAGCAGGAGAUGUACUUAAAAUAGAUGCUGAAAUUUAUGGUCGCCCUAACCCCACAGUGUUUUGGCUGAAAAAUGGAAGAAACAUAAGCACCAAGGGAAGGGUUGAGAUAUUAGCAACAAAGUCCCAUACAUCUCUCCUUGUCAGAGAGAGUGUUAGGAAAGAUUCUGGACAGUAUACUCUGACCGUACAGAACACAGGGGGUGCCACAUCCAGGGCUGUUACCUGUCAAAGUGCUGGACAUACCAGGCCCUCCUGCUGGACCUCUGGAAGUGUCUGGACAAUCAGCAGAAAAGUGUACCUUGUACCUGGGGACCUCCUCAUGAGAAUGGAGGUGCAGAGGUCUUGCACUACGUUGUUGAGAAAUGUGAAACCAGUCGUAUUUCCUGGACCUUGUGUAUGGUGACAUGAUGGCAACCACUUGCAAGAUAACCAAGCUCCUCAAAGGAAAUGAAUACAUUUUUAGAGUGAGAGCAGUAAACAAAUAUGGAGAGGGAGAGAUUUUGGAAAGUGAACCAAUAAAAGCUAUGGAUUCCUUCACUAUCCCAUCUGCUCCAAGAGAUGUUGAAGUCACUAGUGCUACCAGUGAAUCUAUGACCAUCUCCUGGAAGAGGCCUGCUUGUGAUGGUGGUAGCCGUAUCAGUGGUUAUGUUAUAGAGAAAAGGGAAAAGCAUGGUGUCCGCUGGGUUAGAGUCAACAAAAAAACAGUCUAUGACUUACGAGUCAAAGCUUGUGGCCUGCAUGAGGGAUGUGAGUAUGAAUUUAGAGUAUUUGCUGAGAAUGCUGCUGGUCUAAGUGAACCCAGUGCACCAUCCCCUCUUGCCUUGGCAGAAGAUCCAAAGUUUUUACCUUCCCCUCCAACAAAACCCACCAUUACUGAUUCCUCCAAGUCCUCCAUCACUCUGACAUGGAAUAAGCCACUGUUUGAUGGUGGAGCACCAAUUACAGGGUACAAAGUUGAAUUAAAAAAAACUGCAGAGGACUGACUGGACUGUAGGUGUUCAGAACACAGAUAAAACAGAGUUUACAGUGACUGGACUUACAACGGGGGCAGAAUAUGUGUUCAUUGUUAGAUCUAUUAAUAAGAUUGGCUUGAGUGAGCCCAGUCCUGAAACAGAACCCGAACUUGCCCUAGAAAGGGAGGAAGAGCCCAUGUUCAACAUUAACCCUGAAAUGAGAAAGACUCUUCUUGUUAAAGAUGGAUGUAGCUUUACUUUGACUGUACCUUUCACAGGCAAACCUGCUCCUAGUGUGUCAUGGGAAAAAGCAGAUGUUGAUCUAAGGGUUAAGGGGACUUAUCCACACCAGCAGCUUCAUUAGCCUCUAUCACAGUAGAGCAGGCAACACGUGAUGACUCUGGCAAAUACAAAGUCAAGCUUCAAAAUGUUGCUGGAUCUGCUACUUUAAUCAUAAAUGUGAGGGUUUUGGAUUCACCAGGUCCUCCUAUCAACAUAACAGUCAAAGAUGUGACUAAGAACUCUGCCACUGUUACCUGGGACAUCCCUGAGAAUGAAGGAGGAGGGCCUGUGAAGAGCUACCUGGUAGACAUACGAGACAUUAGCAGAAAAGGUUGGACAAGACUCACGGACAAAUGCAGACGACUGUCAUAUAAAGUGUCUGAUCCUGGAAGAGGGAGGAAUCUACUUCUUUAGAGUCACUGGUGAAAAUGAAUAUGGGAUUGGUGUUUCAGCUGAGACAAAAGAAGGAACAAAAAUGACAGGGACAACAGAUUGGGAGACCAACCAAGGAGCUUAACUUUUUCAAGCCUGUGUUGCAACCUGACCAGAUCAACUUUCUUUUUGAUUUCUAAAUAUUUUAGCUUGUUUUUUUUUAACUAGUUUGUUUAGUUAUAGUUAUUUGUGUUAGGAAUUUUGAUUUGGAAUAGACACUAAUUUACAUAUUAAAGCUUGUCAUUCUGAUUUUCUUUUUUUUACAUUUAGAGUAAAAAAUGCUUAAAUGAACUUUAUGACUAACAGAUUUUUGUUUAUUAUAUAGAAUAAAUGCAUCAAUGUAUUUUUUUUUGUUUAGAAACAAUAAAUUGACUAUAAGACAGUAAUACAAUGAAUUUUGUUUAAUUGAAAAGUAAAAGAAGUAGCACAUUUACUUUGGAAUUUGUAUGGCAAUACAAAAUAUUGUAUCACAAAAGUAUAAAAAUCUUUUAAAGUGUAUAGUGUACUUCAAAUAAUUUGAAUAAAUAAAACCAAAUAGAAUCAUUUUAUUCAAGAAAAAAAAUGUUUGGAUUUUGACUAUUUGAUUAAUCACAAAAAUAGGUAUUAGGGGAGGUGAUGGUGCUUGCAUCUGUGUUUAUACAAAUCAGUAAAAUGAUUUAAAAUAAUUUGUGACCGUA